AGUAAAGCCUAAAAUGGCCACCAAACCUUGAUCACCAUCCCCAUCAUCAUCAUCAUCAUCAUCAUCAUCACCAUCACCAUCACAACCACCAACAGCAGCAGCAGCACCACCUCAGAAGAAGCCCAUCCCCUAGCGUCCGUCCCGGGAAUGUACCCCGUAUAUGCGCAUGGGCGGAGAAACUGCCGCUGUGCGCUGUUAUUAUAGCAAGAGUAAUUUCUUUUUUACGAAAAUGGCGUCUAGUCAGGGAGGUGUGGGAGCUGUCACGGCUCUGCAAAGCCAUCACUGCCCCAGCGGACCUCACUGGAGCCCGGGCAUCAGCCAGCACCAGCAGCAGCAGCAGCACCACACGGCCCGCAGCCUGGACCGGGCUCUGGAGGAUGCGGUCUGCUCCGGGAUCCUCAACCUCAGCGGCAGGAAGCUGAGGGAGUACCCGGGGAUGAGCUUCGAUCUGACGGAUACAACACAAGCAGAUUUAUCCAAGAAUCGCCUGACAGAAAUCCCUCCUGAGGUGUGUCUGUUCGCCCCCCUGGAGUCGCUCAACCUCUACCACAACUGCAUCAAGUGCAUCCCAGAAGCCAUUAUCAACCUGCAGAUUCUGACUUAUCUUGACAUCAGCCGAAAUCUCUUGUCAGUUCUGCCAAAAUACUUGUUCAGCCUCCCCCUCAAAGUCCUACUUGUGAGCAACAACAAGCUGGUGUCCAUCCCUGAGGAGAUUGGGAAGGCCAAAGAGUUGAUGGAGCUGGACGUGAGCUGUAAUGAGAUCCAGGUGCUGCCGGCUCAGGUCGGGAGGCUGCAUGCCUUACGAGAACUCAACAUCAGGAAGAACUGUCUCCACAUGUUGCCUGAGGAGUUGGCUGAUCUGCCUCUCAUCCGACUCGACUUCUCCUGCAAUAAGAUCACAGAGAUUCCUGCAGCGUACAGAAAACUCAGGCAGCUGCAGCACAUCAUCCUCGACAACAAUCCUAUGCAGUCUCCACCCGCUCAGAUUUGUCUGAAGGGCAAAGUGCACAUAUUCAAGUACCUGAACAUCCAGGCGUGUAGGAUGGACAAGAAGCCGGACACCCUGGACCUUCCCUCCCUCGGCAAGCGUUGCCUUCCACAGCCACUGACAGAUAGCAUGGAAGAUUUUUAUCCCAGUAAGAACCACGGGCCUGACUCUGGAAUUGGUAGUGACAAUGGCGACAAGAGGCUGUCUACGACUGAGCCUUCAGACGAUGACACAGUCAGCCUGCACUCCCAGGUUUCAGAGACAGCCCGUGCUGACGCCCUCUCGCUCCUCUGCAAAAUGGAUUCUUGCAAAGAUCAGGAUCUCUAUGACUUUAUAGAGCCCAACCCGGACGAGGAUCCUGCUCUGUCAGAGUGUGAUGGGCAGCAGAGCACUCAUGUGUCUUGUAUAAAGGAACUGGAGAAAGUUCUUAACAUGUCUCACCAAAGCAAAGAUAAAGACAGCUGGAAAGAGGAGUCUGGUUCCGAUAAGGAGCAGCUAGUUGAGGAAGAGGAUGAUGAGCUGAAGGAGGUUCUGGAUCUGAGGAAGAUUGCAGUUCAGCUUCUGCAGCAGGAGCAGCAGAACAGACGACGGUCCUUAAUAUGCAGAGCGGAGAGCCUCAUCCACCGACGCAGAGUCACCGGCCGAGCACACAGGUUCUUGAGUCACUCUGGCAGCUCCAGCAGCAAACCCAGGCCCCCGCCUCAAGCCGCUCGAAGUGCUUCUCUGGAUGAAGGAAGUAGUGGAGCAUCAGUGCUGAGCGGACAGCCCUCGUCUUCCUGCUCCUUCGAUGGCAGCCUGAAAACAGAUCUCUCAGAUUCAGAACCAAAGUGGCCUGAAGUCCCACCUGUCCUCAAUCAGAACGAAGACCGCAGGAGGAACAAGUACCUGAGGAAAGACUAUCUCAAGUACAAGUGUCAGAGUGCUCGGAAAAACUCCAGCGAUGACUGCGAGGAGGGAUUGCGCAGCAGUGAUUUCAGCACCACUCUGACAGUGUUUGGACUCAAGCCUAGAUCAGCCUUUACCAGAGGAAGCCGGCAGGAGUACACGUCCACAGACCCCAGCUUCACUAUGAGGAGGAAGAUGGAGCACUUGAGAGAGGAAAUGGAGCAGAUUGGAUUGUUACGACAGAACAUCGAGGCCAGACUGAAGGUGUUGCUCCCUGACGAUGUCGGAGCUGCUCUUAUGGACGGGGUCGUCCUUUGUCAUUUAGCCAAUCACAUUUGUCCUCGGUCCGUCUCCAGCAUCCAUGUUCCGUCUCCUGCAGUGCCAAAGCUUAGCAUGGCUAAAUGUCGUAGGAAUGUGGAGAACUUCUUGGAUGCGUGUAAGAAGCUGGGUGUCACACAGGACAAGCUGUGUCUGCCCCAUCACAUCCUGGAGGAGCGUGGUCUGGUGAAGGUCGGUGUGACGGUCCAGGCUCUGCUGGAUCUUCCGUCAUCGAAGCCCUCACAACUCUCAGCUGUUUGACAAAAAGCCUGAAUGUUGCGCCUGACCUUUUGUCAUCCAAAUGAACCCUCUCGGCGGAGCAAAUCCUCACGCCUCCCCCCCCCCCCCCCCACCACCACCACCAGGGACCAGAGAGCCCCCUUUGGACGAGGACCCGGUGGACUGCUGGUUCUUCGGGUGUCUUCUUCUGCCUGACUGAAGCAGGAGGCGUGAGGGAGAGAAACCUCCGUCUCUUCAUAUGAUGUCAGCUGUCGCCAUCUUCCCAUGCGUCAUAUUUUCAUUCGUAUCUUGUUCCCCCGUGACUGAACUCUUCCCCGUGUGUGCGUGGACUACUGACUCUGACUGUGUGUUUUCUGCACAGUUUGCACACCCCUCUUUACAUGCUCAGUGAUUAUUGAGCCUGCGAGUGCCAGUGCUGACAGUAUUUCCAUGCUGGUGUUGGAGAUGUUGGCAGUGUGGAGAUGACAGACAUGUGACUCAUUUUUUACUGUAGAGACCUCAGCUGCACGCUGACCUCAAGAACACAAACACCUGACUGUGACCUCAAGAGGGUCUUACGCUCUUUGACCUUAUCUUUCAAUUGAGUUUUCCCCUGGGAGAAAUCACUUUUGAAUCUAUUAAUGUUUCGAUUUUGCUUGAGUUGACUUUCUUCCCAUUAUCAGUAAAACGGAUACAUUCCCCACCUCUAUCAAAUACUACACAAACUUGUGUGAAGUGACAUUUAACCACUGUGACAACGUGCUCGGCUGUGGCCACGCGCGCAAGGCUCAUGUUGUGCAGCAGUUUCAUUUUUUUUUUUUCUCCCUCUUUUUGAAAAGUUUCCCCGUCUUCUAACUUUUGUAAAAGCUUUUAUACUUUCUCCAGUCAAUGCCAAUCAUCACUGAUCAUGUUCAAGGAGUUAAGAGCACUGGUUCGCACAUGUAAGACACACUGCGGUUUGGAUUUGAUGUCAUGACCUCAAAUGAAACUUUUAUACCGCUUGUGUUUCUGAACUGCUGCUUAGAGACCUUCACUCCUGUACAACACAUGAAAGAGCUUCUCUUACUGCCAGGCCACUGUGCUGUCCUCGUGUUUCCGAAACGUUUGAAUAUUUCAGGGAAAUGAACUUAUUUAUGUAUUUAUUCAUUUUGUUUUAUAUUUAUUGUCUGUUGACGCUUUGUGUGUCUUGCCGUUAACAUACCUACCGGUACACUUCAUGACUCAGAGCCGAUCCUAAAUCAACACGGAGCUUUGACAGACGUCACGCUUCAAUCUCAAACUGGUUGACACAGGUGCAACAUGAGUACCACUAAGCUGGAGACAAAAAUAUCCAUCAUUCAUCAGUAGAGCUGAGAGUAGCUGGGUUAUUAAUGGGUACAUAAAGGAGGCUUAAUUCUGCGGCAAACAUUGCACAAGAGUUGAUCUUGUUCUCAAACGCUGACCUAAAGGUGGCUUCAAGUGAUCUGACAGUAUGAAAGAUCUGUCAUCUCCUUAUGGAGUUACACCCUUUUUAUUUGUGAAGUUUUGUUCUGUGCUCAUACAGUAGUUUGUUGAUAAUGGAUUCUUACAUGCAGGACAAUAUAUCUCUUUUUUUUUGUCAGGAUUUGCGUUUUACUGUUGAAUUCUUUGAAAAGGACUCCAUAAGGCAGCUGCAGUGCUCCAGACAAUUUCCAAUUUCAAUUGUACAUCUGAGAGGUCGGCUCUAAGCUCCUGUGAGGCGUUUUUUAAAUGCUUGUGAAGGCUGAAUUUAAAACAGAUGCCUCUCUAUGACCUACUAAAGCAAACAAGACCAUUAGCAGCAAGAGUGGUUGUUUUUUUUUUAUAUAGCUAUUAUUAAUGCCGGGAACUGCUGCCACGGGGUACUCGUCAGAUGAAGUGAUUAACAGCAGGCUGAAGAAACAAACUGUUUUUACAUUUUUUCACGUGGCAAAGAUUCUUCAUGAGCGAUGCAUUUGACUUUAACAAGAAAGCAGGAUGAGAUGUUUUGUUAAAAAAACACUGCUAACAAAAUCAACGUCAAUGUUUUUAUAAUGCAACAGAGUGGAACUGAAAAAUCACUUUUCAACUGCUUUCCCCUGCUUCAAGAACGCCACACUGCCAGUACAAUGUUGUAACAUUAAUCAAACGCGCUUGUUGAAUAGAAUAAUGUGUGAAUGAAAAAAAGGGGAUUUUCAUGCUGGUUUGGACAUGGGCAUGUUGAAGAUUGAACUUAAGACUUCAAGUUUAAAGAGCAGCUGAGGGCGUAACUGAUCCCCAUCACAGACAGAUUAAAAUGUCAUUAAAGGUCCCAUAUUAUGAUUUUUCUGGUUUUAUAUGCUCUUUAGUGUGUUUUACAAGUGUCCUGUGCAUGUUUAGGCACAUCUAUGUGCUUCUCCUACCUCCUCCUGUUAGCUGUAGCAUUAGCUGCAUGUAACGCUCGGUUCUAGCCCCCCUCCAUAAAAAUGUGUCAGUGCGGCGUCAUUGUCAAGUCCAUUGGCUCGUUGUGGCAAGCCCUGCAGCUCAUGUUGAAAUUUCCGAGACGCGUGCUGAGCAACUGACCAAUAACGACAGAGCGGAUCGGCGGACCAAUCAGAGCAGACUUGGCCCACGUGGGGGUCUAACAGUGUGGGCUCAACAGAGUGCAGCUGACGGACUCAGAGCGUAGAGGGAGCAAGGAGGAGCAGUACAUGAAAACAGACACUUUUUUCGGACUUCAGCUAUUGUGAACGUACAAAAGUAGGAACAUAGAUUAAAUAUACGAACCCCAAAAAGGGCAGAAUAUCUCUGACAGGCACAGGCUCUGAUAGUUCAUCUGUAGCAGCCUGUGGUUAACACACAGUCCCUGAUUUACAAGAGAUCAUGACAACAUUAUAGUUUGACCGAGUAUAUUAAACUUUAUUGUCAGACAAUGUCGGAAAAUUCCCCUCGCAUCACGGCAGCUUCAUAUGCAAUAUCGAAGUUAAAGCUCCCGUGAAGUAUUUGUUUUGUGUUGAUUUUGGCGCCCCCCUGUGUACAAAGCUUUUAUCGCGUGCUUUCUUUAAACAGUCAAAUGUAUAAAUCUUUGCCCAGGGCAGGGACUUGGUGUGACUCCUACCCCACAGCAACCACUCCAGGCAUGAAAAGUAACUUCAUAGAUGUAAUUAAUCUUGUUGUUUAUGGUCUCAUUUAUCUACACUUAUCUACACAUAUUCAUUUCAGUCUGUUUCAAAAACCAGCCAAAACCUCCUGGCAGGAGCCAAACGUAUCAGAGCCUGGCUGAGCUCAGAGAGGAUUAACAAACCUUGACUUGACCAUUUAAUGUGUGUGUGUUCUUGCCAAGAUGACAAAUGGUCAGUUAUUACACCCAAGUCUUCAUGAGGAGAUAACAGCUUUUACUUUUUAGCUUUUACAUUUUGGAUAACAAUAGGCGCUUUAUAAGAAUCAGAUGGUAAACCAAAUACAAUGUCCUCUGUUCUACUGAAAAGCAAAGACUGCUCGAAUGUUAGGGUAUUAUUUGAGUAGCUGCAACAUCUUCCAGCACAGAAAUACUGACUGACGUGACAUAAUGUGCCUUGAAGGAUGACCAUAAUUCUUUUUUCUGCAGUGUUACAAACGGUGAGAUUCAUUUUUUAAUUAUUUUAAAUACACUGGCUAUAGAUUUAGCAUUUUCAUUCCAACUGCUUCUUUUUGAGGAUAACUUUUUCUUAACUGGCCAUUGUUAAACAACACACAGUCUGUUGAAGAGAUAACCAAAAUCUGGCUUAAAACUCAUGUGAGUCAGCUUUUCACUGUAACCGCAACAGGCGUCAGUAGCAUUGAUAUUCUGUAUUUAUUACUUUUCCUGAGAACCUCUGUCUUUCUCCGGGGCGUAUUGACUGGCUUUGAUUUUUUUCAAAGGAAGAGGUUAAAAAUAGAUACAAAUGACAUUGUUCAGUUUAUCAGCCCAUUAAGUUCACAGUCACAAUCCACAUACAGUUGCAUGCAAAGUGUUUUUUUUUUCAUGAAGACAAUUCCUUUGAAUCUCUUGAGAUGACGAGGCGCUGUCCUUUGACCUGCCGUUUGGCUGCAUGCAAUCACUUAAAAGCUGCACGCCUCUGGAAAUACUCCUGGACAUGACUGUCUUUACUGCAGCUGCAGACGGGGUCAGAUAUAAUAUAGUAAAUAAACAUGCUCUGGAAAACAAAACAAUACAGACUGUGCGACACUGAGCUUCCUAGAACAGCAUCUGCAACACAAGCAGGCGUGACAACCAGAACUCAAAAAACAUAACACAGGCCGGCUGGCUUUUUGAAAGCAGAAUCCCUGCCAUCACUAAUUACAUUUGAGAUCUCCAAAACAGCAUUACUCCCAGUCAAAACUUUAUUCUCUGUAAACAAGGAUGUAAGAAGAUGUAAGAUAUUCCUGAUAACAUUCUUCUAAUCAACAAUGGCCACUCCAGAUAUCCACAACGUAAACCCUCCGAGGACAAAUACCGCCAUUCUUGCUAGAACAUGUGUAUUUGGCUUUUAAUUUCAGAUACACAUGUUGUUAUUCAUCCAGAAAGAACUCUCUGGAUACGUGUAAUAGAAGUCACUGUACAAUCCAGUAGUUACUGUUACUAAUCAGAAUUUGAAUUAUGGAUAUUCAAAAUGAACUUCUGUACAUAUCUGAAACGUUAAGCUUAAAGCCUGAUACAUGUGAAGGCCAAAGUGACGUCAUUUGUCCUAAGAAGAAUUAUACUUUAGAGGUUUUAGAUCCAGAUAUGUAUCCGGCCCUACAUAUAUCUUGCUGUAUGUCUGCGCUUCUGUGUCAUAUUUUACUGAACAUAAUCACUUCUGUUGUCCUGACUUUGACAAAUGAAUCAGUCACUUCAUUUUUGAAGGGUGAUGAAGGCACAAAACUGCAGAAAUUCGUAGUUCGAGGCUCAUCGUGAUAUACAGUCUGGUUACCGCUGCCGUGUUUAGCUGGAUUGCAGUUGACCGUCAGAUGUAUGUGAAAACAAUUCCAAGGUGGAACCAACGCAGACAGAUGGACAUUAACAGGCCACACCAUCGCAACCAAGAUUAACCAGAGCCUCGAUAACUAUAAAUCAGAAAGCUGGAAAUUAUUUUAACAACAGCAA